AUGCUCAAUCUCGGUGCAUAUGACAGCAGUAGCGAGGAAGAAGAUACACAAGCACCCCUCCAAUCGAAGAAGACUACAAAUGAACCGCCCAUUGCACCCACGCAGAUCGACCAAGCAGACAAAGCCCAACAGACUGGAUUGAAUGCGCAACAGCAGAAACAGCAACCUAUCCCCGAAAGCGAACCUCCAAGUGGCCCCUUUCUCGGUCCUGCAUCAGGCCCAGCACCACCACCACCCCUCGACAGCGCGGAAUCACCAGGUGACCAGCCCUCCGCCAAUGCCAAGUUCGAGCACUUUCUCUCCCUCAAGAAACAAGGCGUCCACUUCAAUUCGAAACUAGCCAGCUCUUCUUCUCUCAAGAACCCCAGCCUGCUAAAGAAAAUGAUGGAGCAUGCUGGCCUCAACGAACAAUCGCAAUAUAACACAUCUCUAUCAACGGAAUUGUGGGAUCCUUCCAGUCUACCCCAGUGGGGGUUUAAGGAAGAACUUCUCAGAGCGCAGCAAGAUGCUCGUCAGAAACUAGAGGAGAAGAAUGCUUCCGGCCAAAGGUCUGCGGUUGAAUUUGUAUCUGGCUCGGGCGCCAAAUGA